UGGCGGUCUCAGGCCUUACCUUGAGUGCUGUAUUUGCAUAGAUGAUUUUGUGAUGCAAGAGUAGCAAAAGUGGAAGGAGCAGAGGGCUCGUCUUGCGUCAAGUAUAGAUUUUUGGGCAAGGACAAUUUCAAUGCCAUUUAGCGCUUCGAGCACUUGCACUUCCUAGCACCAGGCGAAAUAGCUUGAUCGAUGAAAAGGGGAUCGGUUUGAUUUUGCACAUUAUUUUUUACCAGCGAGCAAAGUAAAACGCCUGAGAGUUUUUGUUUCAUACUUCGCGGAUCAACAUGCUUCCUCGGACGAGUCAGCCUCUGAAUCGUCCCACUCGGAAGCGCGACGCGCUCAUCGGAACGAGCAUCAACGGCGGCACGUACAACCACGGACGCGGACUUUUUAUCCACGCGACGAGGACCACCGAAGACCACACCAGCCCCCGCAACCAGCCGUCCUACGGGAACGCGAACGAGGUCCAAGACAACGACAUCAACCCGAGUAGGUUGUCGUGGUCAUUUGAUGUAACAGGUUGACCGGAUUGUUGAAUCGUCGAAAAUGAAGGCAAUAUUGCAAUGUCGCAGAUGAGGACCUGUUGGACAGGUUUUGCUCUCGUGAAGGUGAACGAGGGACAUUAUACAAAAUCGCGACUGCUUGUGCUUCUUCAGCAAAAAUGCGAAGAAGGAGGUGCAAGUCGUCGAGCAAGUGGUCUCCGUACAUCUGCUGCACAUGAACAAAAGUCGCAAUAAUUUUCAAAUGGAACCGU